ACUCACUCUCCAGCCUCAUCCUCUACCGUAACCUCGCCAUCUGCCGGUGCUGCUACGGACCACGUGCACUCCCUCAAUUUUCAGCCGUCUGAUCUCAACAGCCGCCGUCCUGCCUCCCGGCUCAUCACCCACCCACACCGGUAGCUGUCCCGUCUGACGUCUCCUCACCCAACCAUGACCGACUCGCCCGACUCAGCCGCACUUGAGCAGCUCAGCAUUGCUUCUUUGCCCUCUGUCACGCCCACGACGGAGACGCAAAAGCAGAGCAGUGUCAAGCACCCUAUCGCAGCCGCUGCCGCCGCGGAUGCCGCCGCCAAGGCAGCUGCCAAGAUGAAGGUGCUGCACAUCGAGGCUGGCCAGAGUGCGCCCAAGCUGGAACGUACCCUUAUCAGUCUUCACGGGAACUGCCCUCGAGAUGAGCCCCUUGAGCAGGACGCAGCUACUUCGGACGUCGAUCGCCGCAUGCUGGGCCCACUUACUCUCCGUUACAGGUCGACCAAGGGCAACGACCUCAUCAUCGACGCUAAGGCGCAAAAUCAGAUCACUGAGGCCAUCUGGAUGCGCUUGAAGCAGCUCAUGCCCAGCCAUUCACCUCAAAGCAUUCGUCCGGCCAUCGCUUUCGACGAAGACUGCACUUCGAAAGAUGGCAAUAUCCUUCCCUGCAUCAAUAUUGUCUGCUCCACCGUCGAGUCCUUCGUCGUCACGCGCAACGGCAUCACCAAGAUUGAGCACCAGGAAGAUUCUCAGCAAGCCGACGUUUACGAGCUUCACUGCUGGUCCAACACGCUUCCAGGCGACAUCUUCCCCAUUGACUUCCCCCGCCUGCCACUCGAUGACUCUUGCCUCACUGAAUUCCAGCAGGCUCUCGAUGAUGCCGUGUCUGAUAUCGGAGUCACUAUCGGCGUGGGCCGCGUCCAGUUCAAACCCUGGCAGACCGACGACACGACGACAUCGGCGAAUGUCAUCCGCGCCUACAUACGCCUUUCGGCAGGCGGGAUGAAACUCAACUUCACGGACCUCGUAGAGUCUGUACCCUCCUUCUUCCGCUGGAAGGGAGUCGAAUUCUCCAUGCUUCACCCCGGGCGCACUCUUCGCCAGAGGCACAGUGCCAGCGUUGAGUAUCCCGAAGAGCGUCGCCCAAAGAAGGCGGCCCAGCAAGCCACAACGAUGCCCGUAGCCUAGCCAGUCGCGACGGGACACGCCACUCAGCCAGUGACACAGCCAGCCAAAUUUGCGUUCGUUGCUCGCAAGAGAGGGUCAAGCAUCGACAACGUCGCCGACCAGGAGCACAAUAGUCAACGCAGUAGGCAGGAUCAACAGCUCGUGCUGAAACCUCGCCUUCUUAGCAGCCGAUCCAAAAAUCCCUCCAAGCCCGACGUUUGCGCCUCUUCCUACCCUUCACAGCAGUAUCUUCAUACAAUCGAUCUCCCUUGUCGUCGAACAGGCCUUGCCGGCGUGCAGCUCUUGAACACAAGAUGCAGCCAUCGCCUCUAAAAGGCUCGUCAGUCGCCGUUCUCUCUUUUCUCCUCUCGUCCCCAAGCACAGCUCAAAGCUCGCUGUGAGCACAGCCUUGGGAUGGUGAGGCCCUUCAGCCAUCGUUGUCCUCCUCCGCUCUGACUUCCGUCUCAAGGUCUCAAUGAAAUCAUAUUCAUCCU